AUGAAGGUCACCAUUGUAGAUAGGGCAAGACAAUUUCGCAUGGAAGUUGGUCCUCAAGAACCUGUUCUUGAAAUCAAAGCAAAGAUUGAGGACCUCCUAGGCGUUCCAGUGUCUGAACAAAUUCUCUCAGUCCUUGGCUGGGAAUUGGUCGAUGGACUAGACAUGGAAGAUUACCCCAUUGUCACUGAAGGCACAAAGAUUGAUCUCACAAUCAAGCCAGUGACUCCUCCAUCAUUCAACAACCUCAGUGGAAAGCUUCAAAUCACAGUAAAAUUUUUAGCUAAACAGAUUAACAUAGAGGUUGAUACAACAGACACUGUGAGUAGCUUGAAAGAAAAAAUCCACGCCGUUGAGAGCACACCAAUCGAAACAAUGUCUCUUUCCUUUUCUGGGGUAGAAUUAGAUGAAGAUUCUCGCAAUCUCAGCGAGUAUGGUAUUAGUGAAUUCUCUGAAAUCGUUAUGUUUCUUAAGACUGUGAAUCCUGUAAUGAGGGAUAAUCUUCCUAUGAAUCCUCCAACGGGAAAGCUGAACAUUGUGGUGAAAACUUGUUCUGCUUUUCUUACUGAAGCGAGCAUUCCUUUGGAGAUGAAGGAUUCUAACACUGUUAAUGACCUAAGGAGUCUUCUUUUGAGCAGAAAAAUUCUUCCAGAAGAUGACUAUUUUUUCAUUUACAAGCAGCAGGUCAUGGAAGAUAAUCGUAGCCUUCGGUGGCAUGGCGUGGAGAAUGGACACUCUCUUUAUGUGUUCAAGGGGACAGUAACGGAACCUUGA